CUCUCUCUCGCUUGAUCGCUUCCUUUCUACCUCCUCCGCUUCUCUUUCUCCGGUCGAUUUUAUAGAUUUUCCUCUGUUUGCGAUUGGAUUGGAUCGCGAUCGAGUUUCUUCUCGUCGUGUGGUGUCUGUGGGUCUGUUCGGUGAUUGAUUUGGUGUGGUAAUGGCGACGAAGAGGAGCGUGAGUACUCUCACUGGAGCCGAUCUCAAGGGGAAGAAGGUGUUCGUGAGGGUGGAUCUGAACGUGCCGUUGGAUGACAACCUCAAGAUCACGGACGACACCCGAGUGAGGGCCGCCGUCCCCACCAUCAAGUACUUGAUGCAGCACGGCGCCAAGGUCAUCCUCUCCAGCCAUUUGGGACGUCCAAAAGGUGUCACUCCAAAGUACAGCUUGAAGCCACUUGUGCCUAGGCUAUCUGAACUUCUUGGAGUUAAUGUUGAGAUGGCUGAUGACUGUAUUGGUGAGGGAGUUCAAAAGAUGGUGGCUGCAUUACCAGAUGGUGGCGUCCUGCUUCUUGAAAACGUGAGAUUCUAUAAGGAAGAAGAGAAAAAUGAUCCAGAGUUUGCAAAGAAGCUAGCAUCCCUUGCUGAUCUCUAUGUAAAUGAUGCCUUCGGCACUGCUCAUAGGGCACAUGCUUCAACAGAGGGAGUUGCCAAAUUCUUGAAGCCAUCUGUUGCAGGCUUCCUUAUGCAGAAGGAACUUGAUUAUCUUGUUGGAGCAGUAGCAAAGCCCAAAAGGCCAUUUGCUGCCAUUGUUGGUGGCUCAAAGGUGUCAUCCAAGAUUGGUGUGAUUGAGUCACUUUUUGAGAACGUCGAUAUCCUUCUCCUUGGUGGAGGAAUGAUGUUUACCUUCUACAAGGCGCAAGGGCUCUCUGUUGGGUCUUCACUUGUGGAGGAAGACAAGCUUGAUCUUGCUACAGCACUUAUUGAGAAGGCAAAGUCUAAAGGCGUGUCUCUCUUGUUGCCGACUGAUGUUGUUGUAGCUAACAAGUUUGCUGCAGAUGCAGACACCAAGGUUGUACCUGCAUCUGGUAUCCCAGAUGGUUGGAUGGGUCUUGACAUUGGACCUGACUCCAUCAAGAUUUUCAGUGAAACUCUAGAUAGCACCAAGACAAUCAUUUGGAAUGGACCAAUGGGAGUGUUCGAGUUUGACAAGUUUGCAGUGGGAACCGAGGCAAUUGCAAAGAAGUUGGCUGAUCUGAGUGGGAAAGGGGCCACAACAAUCAUCGGAGGUGGUGACUCUGUUGCAGCCGUGGAGAAAGUCGGGCUCGCUGACAAGAUGAGCCACAUUUCAACCGGCGGUGGUGCAAGCUUGGAGCUGUUGGAAGGCAAGUCUCUUCCAGGCGUUCUUGCUCUUGAUGAUGCCUGAGCCUUGGACUAUUUUUGUCUCGCCGCCGAUCGCUUCUUGGCCCAGGUUUUGUUAGAGAGAGGUGGUAUUGCUUGUUCUUGAGGCUACAUUAAAAGUUCUGCUGAUGAUUUAAUAAAUAUCCUUUCAUGAAGUGCUUGUGACCAAAGACUCCAGCUUUCAAGAGACUUCGUUAUGGCACAUUACACCAUAAUUUUGGUUUUGAAUAAUAUUUUGUAGCAUACCCUUUGGCUGGAAUCAUGAAUAUUGGGUACUAGUGGGUUAGCGUCCCGGCUUGGUGUCCUGCCCUGAUAAGAUAAUGAAAAAAUGUUAAUAAAAAGAACACUAAAAA